GCUGUAAAGACACAGUCUCGCUCUCUCGGCGGUCUUCCGACAUUGGAUCAUAUACUUAGAACACCGUCUGCGUCGCUCGACACUGCGUAUCGAAGAGCUAAGCAAGAUGCUUUCGGAGACGGAAAACGUACGACGGUCAUGUCAGUAAACCUGACAGACGUGCAUAUCUUUGAGCUUGUGGAGCAGGGCAGAGCUCAACUACAUUUUAGUUUUGCACACGUGUUCGUUAUUGCUGUCGGCCCAGAAGGAGCGGUCAUUUGGCAGUCGUGGGGGAAAUUUGGCUAUCGGCUGGACGAAUAUCUCAACCGAGGUGGAGAACGGCUCCGGGAUUGGCAAGAAGCGGACCAGUUUGUGAACGACUUCACACAAGUA